AUGGAAGAGGGUGAUAUCUCAUUAUCUCAACAUCCUGCUUCUUAUGCUCCUCUCCUUCAAGCUAUCCUAGAAGAUGACUGGAAAGCUGUUGAAGCUUUUAUUCAGAACCAUCCAAACUGCCUUGGAGCCGCCAUAACAAAAGAGCAAGAUACAGCUCUUCACUUUGCUGCAGCUGCAAAACGCACCCGUUUUGUAAAAAAACUUGUGAAAUUGAUGACAGUGGAAGAAUUAGAAUUGAAAACCAACAAAUAUUGCACGGCCCUUUAUUUUGCUGCUCAAACAGAAAUCGUAACAAUUGCAGAAGAGCUGGUGAAAAGGCACAAAGAUCUGCCAUCGAUAUUCCCCGACAACUGCAUCCAACUUUUACCACUUUACGCGGCAAUAAGGACUGGAAAUAGAGACAUGGUGUCGUAUCUAUACUCGGUGACUCCUGUUAAAGACUUGGGUUAUAUGGAUCGCUUUGAGCUCUUUAACGCUGCAAUUUCCAAUGAUUUGUUUGAUACGGCACAUAAAAUUUUGGAUACUCUAAAGACAGCACCUCUUAAAGAGGAGAUACUUUGGUUUCUACUGAAAGUGUUGGCCAGAAAACCUUCGGAAAUUGGCAACAAAAGUCAGCCAUCAGUAUGGGAAAGAUGCUUAAACUCCUGCUUCAGAGGUCGGUUCUGCAACAAAGCCAUGAUGAAAGCAUCAGCCCAUCAGUUAGUUUACCGCCUUUGGAAAGUGAUUGUAGACGGCGACAAUUUCUCGUCGACUUUGGUUGACGGCCAUCAUGUGGAAGUACUUGUUGAAGCUGCAAAAGUAGGAAACGUUGAAUUUCUACUUAUACUUAUUCGCUCUUAUCACGAUCUCAUAUGGCUACGAGACAAAAAACAUGGAACUUUAUUUCACAUUGCUAUUAAACAUCGACAAGAGCGUGUAUUUAAUUUAAUAUAUGAGAUAGGUGUUGCGAAGGUCAACCUUGCGACCUAUCAUGCCGAAGGGGCAAACAACAUGCUGCACUUAGCUGGACAAUUGCCUUCUUCAGAUCGACUGAAUAUUGUAUCUGGAGCAGCCCUUCAAAUGCAACGAGAGUUGUUGUGGUUUCAAGAGAUAGAAAAGAUUGUGCGAAAGUCAUUUGUGAACGAGAGGAAUGAAAAUGGAGAAACACCCAGGGAUAUAUUUGUGAAUACCCAUGAAGAACUACGGAAGAAUGGUGAAAAGUGGAUGAGAAACACGGCAAACUCUUGCAUGCUCAUGGCAGCACUGAUUGUCACCGUGGUUUUUCCAGCUGCCUUCACAAUACCGGGUGGCAACAAUCAAGAAACAGGCAUUCCUAUAUUUCUAAAAAGCAACUGGUUUACGGUAUUCUUCGUAUCAGAUGCAAUAGCAAUGUUAUUCUCUUCGUCUUCAAUAUUAGUUUUCUUGUCAGUUCUCACGUCACGCUACACGGAAAAGGAUUUCCUCAAAUCAUUACCUCGUAGGAUGGCGUUAGGACUCGCUACGCUUUUAAUCUCAAUAGUAGGCAUGCUGAUAGCCUUCUCUGCAGCCUGUUUUUUGGCCUUUAAAGGCCAAACAAGUGCUUUCCCAAUCAAUAUAAUUGUCGCGGCGCCCACUGUCCCAAUUAGUUUGUUUAUUACCCUGCAUCAUGAUCUUUGGUUUGAUAUAUUCCGCUCAGCAUUCUAUUCUAGGAGGUUCCUUUUCGGGUCACAAAAUAGGCUUUUCAAGCGAGUAAGCUAG